CUCCCUCCACCCUACAUGCCUAUUUAUAAGGCGGCCAGCAGCAGGGCCUCCAGCUCCAGCCUCCAGGACGACGACUCUUCUCCCUCGGAGACGACGGCGAGGCGGCAGAGCCACACCACCGCACAGGCAGAUCGCACAAGGAGCAGCAGAGCACAGAGGCAGCUAGCGUCGUCAAUGGCGGGCAACGGCAAGGCGGCGGCGGCGGGCGUGGUGGUGCCGGAGAUCAAGUACACCAAGCUCUUCAUCAACGGCGAGUUCGUCGACGCCGUCUCCGGCAAGACGUUCGAGACCCGGGACCCGCGGACCGGCGACGUGCUGGCCCACGUCGCCGAGGCCGGCAAGGCUGACGUGGACCUCGCCGUCAAGGCCGCCCGGGACGCAUUCGAGCAUGGCAAGUGGCCCCGCAUGUCAGGCUAUGAGCGUGGCCGGAUCAUGAACAAGCUGGCGGACCUGGUGGACCAGCACACGGAGGAGCUGGCGGCGCUGGACGGCGCCGACGCCGGGAAGCUCCUCCUCCUCGGAAAGAUCAUCGACGUCCCCGGCGCCACGCAGAUGCUGCGCUACUACGCCGGCGCCGCCGACAAGAUCCACGGCGACGUGCUCCGGGUCUCCGGCAAGUACCAGGGCUACACGCUCAAGGAGCCCAUCGGCGUCGUCGGCGUCAUCAUCCCCUGGAACUUCCCCACCAUGAUGUUCUUCCUCAAGGUCAGCCCGGCCCUCGCCGCCGGCUGCACCGUCGUCGUCAAGCCCGCCGAGCAGACGCCGCUCUCCGCGCUCUACUACGCGCACCUCGCCAAGCUCGCCGGGGUUCCCGACGGGGUCAUCAACGUCGUACCCGGGUUCGGGCACACCGCCGGCGCCGCCAUCACCUCCCACAUGGACGUCGACAGCGUGGCUUUCACCGGAUCCACGGAGAUCGGUCGCCUCAUCAUGGAGUCGGCCGCGAGGAGUAACCUCAAGACGGUGUCGCUGGAGCUCGGCGGCAAGUCGCCGCUCAUCGUCUUCGACGACGCCGACGUCGACAUGGCCGUCAACCUGUCGCGGCUCGCCAUCUUCUUCAACAAGGGGGAGGUUUGCGUGGCCGGAUCGCGCGUUUAUGUGCAGGAAGGGAUCUACGACGAGUUCGUCAAGAAGGCCGUGGAGGCCGCGCAGAGCUGGAAGGUUGGAGACCCGUUCGAUGUCACCACCAACAUGGGUCCUCAGGUUGACAAGGAACAAUUUGAGAAGGUGUUGAAGUACAUUGAGCACGGAAAGAGCGAGGGCGCGACUCUGCUCACCGGCGGCAAGCCCGCCGCUGAGAAAGGGUACUACAUUGAGCCCACCAUCUUCGUCGAUGUCACGGAUGACAUGAAAAUCGCGCAGGAAGAGAUCUUCGGGCCCGUCAUGUCCCUCAUGAAGUUCAAGACGGUCGACGAGGUGAUCGAGAAGGCCAACUGCACCAAGUACGGGCUCGCCGCCGGGAUCGUGACCAAGAGCCUGGACAUCGCCAACCGGGUGUCGCGGUCGGUGCGCGCGGGCACCGUGUGGGUCAACUGCUACUUCGCCUUCGACCCGGACGCGCCCUUCGGCGGCUACAAGAUGAGCGGCUUCGGCCGGGACCAGGGGCUCGCCGCCAUGGACAAGUACCUCCAGGUCAAGAGCGUCAUCACCGCGCUCCCGGACUCGCCGUGGUACUGAUCGGCUGCCACUACCGGCCGGCACCGAUCGACCAGUCCAUGUCUUCUUUGUGCAGUGUACAAGCGUGCUCACAGCUCAGCUGCUGCUUGCGUUCUCGUCUCGGUUGUGACUGAUGUAUUGGAUAAUUAUUUGUCCUGCUCCCCAUCUUUUCUGUACGCAGCUGCGAACAUGAACGAAUGUUGCCACAUUUAUGUUAGCAACACUUGAGGUUUUCGUUCUGUGAUAUAUGUAGUUUAGUAGUUAUAUAAUAUAGUUACUAGAGCAAAGUACAUUAUUGCCGUCCUGGUCUCUAAA